GCUGCUUCCACCCCCACGCCCACCACCCUCCAGACCGUCGUCAAGGCCUCUUCCACUCCCGUUCCCCAGGCCGCGGCUGAUGACUGCAGCGGCACCCCCGACGGUUUCGCUUCCCUGAACGGCGGCACCACCGGUGGCAAGGGCGGCGAGGUCGUCACCGUCAAGACCCAGGCCGAUCUCGAAAAGUACGCCGGCAUGUCUGGCAAGUACGUCAUCAAGGUCUCUGGCAAGAUCAACAUCACGCCCAAGGGCAAGGAAGUCAAGGUCUCGUCCGACAAGACCAUUGUCGGUAUCGGUGCGACUGCCGAGAUCGACCAGGACGGCUUCAACGUCCAGAACCAGAAGAACAUUAUUUUCCGCAACAUCAAGAUCGGCAACACCUACGUAGAGGGUGACGACGAGGUCAAGACCCAGGACUUUGACGGCAUCCAGAUGGACAACUGCACCAACAUCUGGAUCGACCACGUCCACCUCGAAAAGGGCGGCGACGGCCUCAUCGACAGCCGCAAGGACACCACCUUCCUCACCGUCUCCUGGACCAUCCUCCGCAACCACAACAAGGCCUUUGGCAUUGGCUGGACCGAAAACGUUAACACCGAAAUCACAAUCCACCACAACUACUUCGACCAGACCAAACAACGUAACCCCUCCGUCGACAACGUCAAACACGCCCACCUCUACAACAACUACCUCGUCGGCCAGACCUCGUACGGCCACUACGCCCGCGGCAAGACCGAGAUGCGCAUGGAGAACUGCUACUUUGAAAAAGUCAAGAACCCGAUCCAGCUCGACGCCACCGCCAAGCUCAGCGCCACGGGCAACGUUUUCAAGAGCACCACGGGCAGCACGGCCAAGAACGCCGGUACUGUCUUUGACCCCAAGACUUUCUACGAGUAUACCCUCGACGCGGCGGCUGAUGUGCCGAGCGUUGUUGCAAAGGGGGCUGGGCGCCAGGCUAGUAUCUGUGCUGCUUAA